AUGGAAUUGGAAGCUGAUCAAUUGAAUUUCAACGCUAUUACUUAUAGCAGUAAUGAUAAGCCAAUGGCUAUUUCCAAACAAUCCAUCUCAUUGGCCAAACAAGCAGAUGGAAGUUACAAUGUGCCGCCAAACAAGAUCUUGGUGAAGGUUCAUUCAGCAGCUUUGAAUCCGAUAGAUUUAGUAUUAUACAACUCCGCUUUUAAAGUGUUGUCUUAUUAUAAUAGUCAACAAGGAAUUGGUAGAGACUAUUCAGGAACCAUUGUAGCAAUUGGUGAAGUCGCAGCUAAAAAGACUGACUUUAGUAUCGGAGACAAAGUAUGUGGAAUGUAUACACAUAUUCUUGGUAAUGGUACUGUUUCGGAAUAUGUCUUGCUUGACUGGACUUCGGAUUUGUCGGUUGUCCCAGUUCCUAAAAAUUUGUCUAUGAAUGAAGCAGCAGCAUGGCCAUUAGUGUUAGGUACGGCAUUGACAAUGACUCAGGGAAGGAUCGAAGUUGGUUCAAAUGCCAAAGUGUUAGUUUUGGGUGGAUCUACUGCUGUUGGUAGGUUUUGCAUUCAAUUAUGUAGAAACCAUUUCAAAGCCAGUGAGAUCAUUGCUACAUGCUCAUCGUCGUCCGCACCAAUCGUUAAGGGAUUUGGUGCAGAUAAUACUAUAGACUACACGAGAUAUCGUUCACUUGACGGACCCGUUAUUCAGGCUGCUGGAUCGGGAAAGUUUGAUCUUAUUUUGGAUUGUUGUGGUAAUGACGAUUUAUUGUCGUCUAUGUCAAAGAUCUUGAAGCCAAAGUCUGAAGGAUCGCAUUACGUGACUAUUGCCGGGGAUAAUAAAUAUAGAUAUUCCGACGUUAGUUUAUUCAGCAUUCUUAUCCCAACCCUUUUUGCCAUUUUCAGGAUGCUUUUAUCCAUGUUGGGCUUGAAUUCUUAUAAUUUUUCAUUCGCAGCAGUAAAUCCGGAGAAACAGUGGGCUGAAACAGGAAAACAGUUAAUUGAAGAAGAAAAAGUACAAGUAUCUGUUGACAGUGUUCACCGAGUGGAGAACUUUUAUGACGCUAUUAAAAAAUUACAGAGCCAACGAGCAAAUGGAAAAGUUGUGAUUCAAAUAGAUAGUUCAAAUUAG